CUAGUGAGAGCGGCGCUACCUCAUUUGGGGCGCAUUUUGAAUCGAAACUCCAGGAGGGACGUGUUCACGCGUCCUCUUCGUAGACACGGCUCCCUGAGGUCCCACCUGCAGCCCCAAGGCUUCUUGCUACUCUUACUCUUCAGACUUUCCGGUGGGCAGGACCAACCUAGCCGUCUUCCCCUUUUCCCGCCCUCCGCGAGCAGGGCUUAGGAUAGUUCUUGCCCUCUCUUGCGGGAGACCCCUCACUGUAAAGGGCCUGCUGGGGCCGGGGUUGCAAAAGACAGCAUGUCCAGCGGCCGUGACCCUUUGGAUGUCCGCCCGAGGUAGGAGCGGUGCAUGGGCCGCCAGCGCCCGGGCUGGGACAGCACCUCUGCCGGCGCGCCAGGUUGGGACCCGGAGGGCCAAGGCCUCCUGGCCGGGGCCUCCCGAGGCUGCGCUCUGCAGACUCCUCUGGGAUAGCCUGUAUUCAGCUUUGAUUUUCGAAACUUCAUUUUCCUCACUCUUGCAGCAUCAGAACAAUCCCUCUGAGCUCCAGUUCUCUGGGGGACUAGAAGAAUUAGCAAACAGUGCAAUUUCACCUUUAAGAACAGGGCGAGCCUGUGAAUUAGACAAGACCAAGAUCACAUCGUGCCUUUCCUCAGAGCGGAACAGGCUGAUGAAAUUGCAAAUCAAGCUCCAUCUGGCCUUGGCCGACCCAGCCCUCUGCUGCCGGGGCCCAAGUUCGUGACUCAUCCCUCUGCCAGGGACUUUGGGUGCAGGGCUUCAUCAAGCCCCAGAGCCGCGUGCCGGGUGGUCAAGGAGGGUCUGCAGGAACUGUCUAUCUUGACCAUGCAGGUGCCACCUUGUUCUCCCAGAGCCAGCUCGAAAGCUUCACUAGUGACCUCAUGGAAAACACUUAUGGUAAUCCUCACAGCCAGAACAUCAGCAGCAAGCUCACCCAUGACACUGUGGAGCAGGUGCGCUACAGAAUCCUGGCGCACUUCCACACCACCGCGGAGGACUACACUGUGAUCUUCACUGCCGGGAGCACGGCUGCUCUCAAACUGGUGGCAGAGGCCUUUCCGUGGGUGUCCCAGGGCCCAGAGAGCAGUGGGAGUCGCUUCUGUUACCUCACCGACAGCCAUACCUCCGUAGUGGGUAUGAGGAACGUGACCAUGGCUGUAAACGUCAUGUCCACCCCGGUCAGGCCAGAGGACCUGUGGUCUGCAGAGGAACGUGGUGCUUCAGCCAGUGACCCAGACUGCCAGCUGCCUCAUCUCUUCUGCUACCCAGCUCAGAGUAACUUUUCUGGAGUCAGAUACCCACUGUCCUGGAUAGAAGAGGUCAAGUCUGGGCGGUUACGCCCUGUGAGCACAUCUGGGAAGUGGUUUGUGCUGCUGGAUGCAGCCUCCUACGUGAGCACCUCGCCUUUGGACCUGUCAGCUCACCAGGCCGACUUUGUUCCCAUCUCCUUCUAUAAGAUCUUCGGGUUUCCUACGGGCCUGGGCGCUCUGCUGGUCCAUAAUCGUGUGGCUCCUCUACUGAGGAAGACCUACUUUGGAGGAGGCACAGCCUCUGCCUACCUAGCAGGAGAAGACUUCUACAUCCCGAGGCCAUCAGUAGCUCAAAGGUUUGAAGAUGGCACCAUCUCAUUCCUUGAUGUUAUCGCGCUAAAACAUGGAUUUGACACCCUAGAGCGCCUCACAGGUGGAAUGGAGAAUAUAAAGCAGCACACCUUCAUCUUGGCUCAGUAUACCUACGUGGCCCUGUCCUCUCUCCAGUACCCCAAUGGAGCCCCUGUGGUGCGGAUUUACAGCGAUUCUGAGUUCAGCAGCCCUGAGGUUCAGGGCCCAAUCAUCAAUUUUAAUGUGCUGGAUGACAAAGGGAACAUCAUUGGUUACUCCCAGGUGGACAAAAUGGCCAGUCUUUACAACAUCCACUUGCGAACUGGCUGCUUCUGUAACACCGGGGCCUGCCAGAGGCACCUGGGCAUAAGCAACGAGAUGGUCAGGAAGCAUUUUCAGGCUGGUCACGUCUGUGGGGACAAUAUGGACCUCAUAGAUGGGCAGCCCACAGGAUCUGUGAGGAUUUCAUUUGGAUACAUGUCGACGCUGGAUGAUGUCCAGGCCUUUCUUAGGUUCAUCAUAGACACCCGCCUGCACUCAUCAGGGGACUGGCCUGUCCCUCAGGCCCAUGCUGACACCGGGGAGACUGGAGCCCCAUCAGCAGACAGCCAGGCUGAUGUUACACUUGCUGUCAUGAGCAGACGUAGCCUCUCCCCUCGGGAAGAUGCCCUCACAGGCUCCAGGGUUUGGAACAACUCGUCUACUGUGAAUGCUGUGCCUGUGGCCCCACCUGUGUGUGAUGUCGCCAGAACCCAGCAGACUCCUUCAGAGAAAGCUGCAGGAGUCCUGGAGGGGGCCCUUGGGCCACACGUUGUCACUAACCUUUACCUCUAUCCAAUCAAAUCCUGUGCUGCAUUUGAGGUAACCAGGUGGCCUGUAGGAAACCAAGGGCUGCUAUAUGACCGGAGCUGGAUGGUUGUGAAUCACAAUGGUGUUUGCCUGAGUCAGAAGCAGGAACCGCGGCUCUGUCUGAUUCAGCCCUUCAUCGACCUGCAGCAAAGGAUCAUGGUCAUCAAAGCCAAAGGGAUGGAGCCUAUAGAGAUGCCUCUUGAGGAAAAUAGUGAACGGACUCAGAUUCGCCAAAGCAGGGUCUGUGCUGACAGAGUAAGUACUUAUGAUUGUGGAGAAAAAAUUUCAAGCUGGUUGUCAACAUUUUUUGGCCGUCGUUGUCAUUUGAUCAAACAAAGUUCAAACUCUCAAAGGAAUGCAAAGAAGAAACAUGGAAAAGAUGAGCUUCCUGGUACAAUGGCCACCCUUUCUCUGGUGAACGAGGCACAGUAUCUGCUGAUCAACACAUCUAGUAUUUUGGAACUUCAUCAGCAACUAAACACCAGUGAUGAGAAUGGAAAGGAGGAAUUAUUCUCAGUGAAGGAUCUCAGCUUGCGUUUUCGUGCAAAUAUUAUUAUCAAUGGAAAAAGGGCUUUUGAAGAAGAGAAAUGGGAUGAGAUUUCAAUUGGCUCUUUGCGUUUCCAGGUUUUGGGGCCUUGUCACAGAUGCCAGAUGAUUUGCAUCGACCAGCAAACUGGGCAACGAAACCAGCAUGUUUUCCAAAAACUUUCUGAGAGUCGUGAAACAAAGGUGAACUUUGGCAUGUACCUGAUGCAUACAUCAUUGGAUUUAUCCUCCCCAUGUUUCCUGUCUGUAGGAUCUCAGGUGCUCCCUGUGUUGAAAGAGAAUGUGGAAGGUCAUGAUUUACCUGCAUCUGAGAAACACCAGGAUGUUACCUCCUAAAAAAAAAUUUUAGCAUACAUUAAAAUUUCUCUUUUACAGUGA